AUCUUUUUAGGAGAUUUUUAAUGACCUAAGCAGGUAAUGAUAAUAGCCAAUGACAUGAUCAGCUGGCCUAUAUUUGAAGUGUGAAUACCAAGAUAUUUGGCUUUAGCCUAUUGUAAAAUUAUAAGAUGGAGUUUAUUGGGGAAGUAGGAGUAAGGAAGUAGGAGAAGAAGCAAUAGCUAUCUAAUAAGAAUAAAGUGUGACUGCGCUGUUGGGUAACAUGCAGAAUAAAAGUAUUACAGUGUAACGUUAUAGUUAUUGUACAACCAAUAAUUUGAAUUUAACUUAAAGUUACUUGGAUGCUGGUUGGUGGAUUCGGGUUAUCUCGGCCUCUUCCUGCUGGAUAAGUUCGGUACCACAGCACCACACGGCGCCAUAUUAGACAGACAUAAUACUGGUGCGGAAUACGGACGAAGUCAAGGAAGGGGAGCGGUAUUCCAGAUGACAAGGGUACAAAGGCCGCAGUAGUCUAUUCGCAAAACACUCGAGGUAACUGCUAUAUGGUUGACAACGAAUAAUUGAGAUAAGCAUCUCGGGCAUCGCAGUCCGAGGCGUGUGGUUUUCGUCGUUGUUUAGCUAAGUUGCUGGGCAGACAUGACUUCCUUGGUUCAGCGGAGUUCGGGCCUCGUGCAAAGGCGGACCGAAGCCUCGCGCAACGCCGCUGACAAAGACCGUCCGUCCGGCGAGGAGGACCAUGAGCCCCGACGGGGAGACGAGCAGGACGAGGACGAUACCGGAGACUCCAAAGAAACACGUCUCACCUUGAUGGAAGAAGUGCUGUUGUUAGGGCUGAAGGACCGAGAGGGCUACACCUCGUUCUGGAAUGACUGCAUUUCAUCAGGGCUGCGAGGCUGCAUGCUGAUAGAACUGGCUCUGCGAGGACGGCUUCAGCUAGAGGCUUGUGGCAUGCGGAGGAAAGGUCUGCUGGCCAGAAAGGUGAUUUGUAAGUCGGACGCUCCAACAGGUGACGUGCUCCUGGAUGAAGCCCUAAAACACAUCAAAGACACACAGCCACCGGAGAGCGUGCAGAGCUGGAUCGAACUGCUCAGCGGAGAGACGUGGAACCCCCUGAAGCUCCAUUACCAGCUGCGGAACGUCCGCGAACGGCUGGCCAAAAACCUGGUGGAGAAAGGCGUCCUCACCACCGAAAAGCAGAACUUUCUGCUUUUUGACAUGACCACGCAUCCUCUCACCAACAACAACAUCAAGCAGCGCCUCAUCAAGAGGGUGCAGGAGGCCGUGCUGGACAAGUGGGUUAACGACCCCCAGCGUAUGGACAAGCGUCUGCUGGCGCUUAUCUUCCUGGCCCACUCCUCGGACGUCCUGGAGAACGCCUUCGCCCCGCUGCUGGACGACCAGUAUGACCUGGCCAUGAAGAGAGUGCGGCAGUUGCUGGAACUGGAGCCCGAGGGGGAGAGCCUGAAGGCCAACGCCAACGAGCUGCUAUGGGCCGUGGUGGCCGCCUUCACCAAAUGAGGCCGCCACAGCGGGGACAGCGAGCGCUCAUGGCAUUCAAGUGGCAUUGUGCUUUGGGGCAGGAAUCCGUAGUACUGACCCCAACGUGGUGACUAGACUGAAUUACAGUUUACCCCAUGCCUGGACUUUUGGAAUGGGCUUCCCUCUUUUUCUUUUUUUUUCCUCAUCCCUCUUGUUUUCUACUCCGCACCCACCCCAUCAUUUAUGUUCACUUUUGCUAAAAAUAAUAACUCACAUGAUUGGGGAUGAUAUGGUUGAGGCCAAAUGAAGAUGUUGGUUAUAUCCUCUUUUAUUUUCUAUCGGGUAUGUCUUUCUAUGGAACUGUUUUCUUAGAGGUACGGCACAGGUUACUCAUGGUAGGAUCCUGACACGCCCGAGAAUAAAAUAACCCACCGCGAUGUACAUGCACGGAUCCAUGUACAGGGCAGUGAUGCCGUAUAGAAACGAAAGGUAAGCUGAUACUAAUGUCAAGUUUCUCCAAGUCCAAAAGGAUACCCUCUACCACAUGUGAUUCAAGUGUAUGGAUGUGACGUUUAUGGUGUCGCAGCAUUCUUUGACUUUCAAAUCAAGUACUGGGAGAAAACUAAUGCGAUCAGAAUCCAUCCAUUACAAUCACACAUAUAGAUAUAUAGAUAGAUAUAUAUGUACUUGUUUAUCCUGUUCAGGGAUGCCAGGGGGCUCGAGACUGUCCCAGCUCUCACUGGCCAGGGGAGGGGAAGGGCUCACACCCUGGACACGUCGCCAGUAUAUCACAGGCCUGAUACAGAGACAGACGGCCAUUCAGUUUCCAGUUCACCUGACCUGCAUGUCUUUGGACUGCGAGGGAAGCCCAUGCAGGCACUUGAAAAAAAAUAUCCUAGCUCCACACAACUGCCUGCUGGAUUCGGACUGGAAGAUUUCCAUGGUGCAACAGCGUCAACCGUUGAGCCACCGUGCUGGCUUACAUUCCAUCCUUUCUGGCCUAGAGUUGUGGGGAAGAUCAUUUGUUUGUACAACAGGACUAUAAGCCUGCACGUGCAUGGACACAUACGUUCCCUGCGAUGUGGAGUGGGACAUAUCAGUUUACUUAGACUUCUACCCUGUUGAAUAUUCUGGGUAAAAACAUUUCAAAUGAAAGAACAUUAUUAGACAGACUUGUUUGGUGCAUUGGGUAAAAUAGUGCUGGAAUAAUAUAAAUCCUAAAGUUAACGUAGACUGGAUGGGGCUGAUAGAAGUACAGAUAGGUGAUACUCUUUUACAGUAGUUUUAUUUGCAGUAAAACAUCAUUUUUGGUUUGUAUUUCAUCUCUGUGCACUGUCAAACUGUGUGCAUGUCAAAUAGAACCCAGGUUACAUUCAGAAUUCCAGUAUGUAAUAUCUGAAUGGUAACUGUUGAGAGCAAGCGCCUCUAGGUACGUCAUCUCCUUGAAAACAAAUGGCUCUAAAAUGUGUAAUUAAUAAGAUUUGGUAGUAUCAGCUAGCACAGCAUUAGUGGCUGCUGAAGAUCAAAUUGAAAUAUUUAGUGGCAGAAUCAAACUCAGGAAAGCAGACCAAAUUAAUGCCAGCUGCCUUUGUUAGCAAAAUUAAUCAUUUUCACUUACGAGUGAAUGCCAAUAUAAUAAUCACAUAUGAAAUGAUCCCCAUAUCCUAAAGCAGAAGAAAUACAUUAAAGAUGAUGAUCUUCUGCUCAGCUUUUGGGUUUGUGUAUGCUACCCAGACUUGAUUACACAACUACGCGCAUGUGAAGAUAAAUGUGAAUUUCAACUUUUCUCCAGUACAAGGAUAGGUCUAGUACGUGUACAUGAUUUCAUAUGAUUUAUUGUCUGUAUUUAAAAAUACAGAAAACAAGACCUAUUUUUAGAGAACUUUGGAGCUAUUGUGGAUGUUAGCGCUCGGUCUACUGCAGACAACAAAUCCAGUUUUUGAGUCAACUAGUGGACCAGCCAGCACACACUAGAUCAUAUGGAAAUCAGACAACUUCACAGAGUUGUUGGAUGGUGUAGUUUCCCCCUGCCUCCAGACUUUAAGCUUGGCUGAACGUAUUCCAGACCUAUCACUGUCUUGGAUGCAAAGAUCUGAAACCGAUCUUGAUCUUCUCAUGUGAGUGUUGGCUUGUGGCAAACGAGAGCAUUUCCUAACCGUGUCAGCGAAGCUUAAAUGUACAGAUCGUUUGCUUAACGUUGCAGCAACUUGUAAAAUAAAUCCAUUGUACUCAAUUUAACUUUGAAAACAAUCUGGAUUAUCUAACAACCUUACCAAAGUCUAAUCUGAAGAAUCAAAAGAUGGGCUCACAUUCCAGAUGUUGUGUGUAAUUGUAUUAGGCACAAAUUCAAAGGACGUCUUGUAGCCGUAUGAUUCACGGUUCAGAUGCUGGUCGUACUCUAAAUCCAUCAAAGCCUUUUCACCAUCAACCAUACCUUGCUCUUAAUUUCAUACUGCCUCAAUUUUAUGAAUUUUGUUUUCACGCUUGUUUAGCUGUUCUCUGUUUUAAUACAACUUUUGCUACUCCGCCUCAUGAAUCUGGUGAAAGACAUUGCUUUAUGACGGACAGUCUCCCUCUAGUAUCUAAUGUAGCAAAGGGUUGGGAGUGAUCAGUCAGGCAUCCUGGGAGA